AUGUCCGGUAACGUGUCCGGUAAAGUGUCCGGUAAAGUGUCCGGUAAAGUGUCCGGUAAAGUGUCCGGUAAAGUGUCCGGUAAAGUGUCCGGUAAAGUGUCCGGUAAAGUGUCCGGUAAAGUGUCCGGUAAAGUGUCCGGUAAAGUGUCCGGUAAAGUGUCCGGGAAAGUGUCUGGUCCUAUGUCCGGUACAAUGUCUGGUAAAGUGUCCGGUAAAGUGUCCGGUAAAGUGUCCGGUAAAGUGUCCGGUAAAGUGUCCGGUAAAGUGUCCGGUAAAGUGUCCGGGAAAGUGUCCGGUAAAGUGUCCGGGAAAGUGUCCGGGAAAGUGUCCGGUAAAGUGUCCGGUAAAGUGUCCGGUAAAGUGUCUGGUAAAUUGUCCGGUAAAUUGUCCGGAAAAAUAUCCGGUAAAAUCUCCGGUAAAGUGUCCGGUAAAGUGCCCAGUAAAGUGUCCGGUAAAGUGUCCUAA